AUGUCUGGAGAAUUCACCGACUCUAACUACGAAGGCUCAGCAGGGUUUGUAAAUGCUUCGUCCUUCAACUUCAGCUGCAUUUUCAACACCACCAACCGCUCGUCCGGUGGCAUCCACCUGCCGGACUUUGGCAAAACUGAUUUUGGAGGAGAUGGCGCCGCUGUCGUGAGGAUUAUCAUCUCUGUCAUCUACUCAGUGGUUUGUGCGCUGGGUCUGGUUGGGAACUUACUAGUUUUGUAUCUAAUGAAGUCUAAGCAAGUGUGGAAAAAAUCCUCCAUCAACCUGUUUGUGACUAGUUUGGCGGUGACUGACUUCCAGUUCGUGCUGACUCUGCCGUUCUGGGCGGUGGAGAACGCGCUGGACUUCAACUGGGUUUUCGGUAAAGCCAUGUGCAAGAUAGUUUCCUACGUGACUGCCAUGAACAUGUACGCCAGCGUGUUUUUCCUCACGGCUAUGAGCGUGGUCAGGUACUGGUCGCUCGCCUCUGCGCUCAAAGGCAGGCGGCGGCGGACGCACUGCUGCUCGGCGCGCUGCGUCACGGUGUUCAUCUGGGUGGCCGCCGUCUCCGCCGCUCUGCCGCCCGCAGUUUUCUCCACCACCGUGGUGGUUUCCAACGAGGAACUGUGCCUCGUUAAAUUCCCCGACAGCAACGGGACGGUGCAGUUUUGGCUGGGGCUCUACCAGUCCCAGAAAGUGCUGCUGGGUUUCUUCGUUCCUCUCGGCAUCAUCUCCGCCUGCUACCUGCUGCUUUUGCGCUUCAUCAGCACCAAAAACAUCAACACCUCCAGCGCCAAACGACGCGCAAAGGUCACCAAGUCCGUCACCAUCGUGGUCUUGUCCUUUUUCCUCUGCUGGCUGCCCAACCAGGCGCUCACAGCCUGGGGCAUCCUCGUCAAGCUCAACGUGGUUCCCUUCAGCUACGAGUACUACACCAUGCAGGAGUACGUGUUCCCGGUGUCCGUGUGCCUGGCGCACUCCAACAGCUGCCUCAACCCCAUCCUGUACUGUCUGAUGAGGCGGGAGUUUAGAAAGGCGCUGAAAAAACUUUUCUGGCGGAUGACUUCGCCGACUCUGACCACGAUCAGGCCGAUCACAGCCACCACAAAGCCGGAGAUGUACGAGCAGGGCCACGUCGCGCUGCCCGUCAGCGCACCGGAGGAGCCCGCGGUGGCGUUUUAUCCUCCUGGAGCUGUGAUUUACAACGACAGGCGAGACCUGCCGCUGAACAGCACUUAG